AAGUUGAAGCUGCCUCCGCCAUCUUGGAGAUGGGAGGCGAGCGAUGGCUGUGGUCCUUCUGCUAAUGCAAACAACACAACGGGCCCGUUAGGCAGCGCCAAGUGAGGCGAUCGUCGCUGUAACUGGUGGCCAAAGCUACAGCAGAAGCGAGGGAGUCGAAGUCGGCCGCGGCGAUACUGACAGCAGCUCCACCUGCCUGCUGUGGCGGCAGAAGUACAGGGACUGAGGGCCGGAAGGAUGGUGCAGUCUUGUUCCGCUUACGGCUGCAAGAAUAGAUACGAUAAGGACAAACCCGUUUCUUUCCACAAGUUUCCUCUUACUCGGCCCAGUCUUUGUAAAGAAUGGGAGGCAGCUGUCAGAAGAAAAAACUUUAAACCCACCAAGUACAGCAGCAUUUGUUCGGAGCAUUUUACUCCAGACUGCUUUAAGAGGGAGUGCAACAACAAGUUACUGAAAGAGAACGCUGUGCCCACAAUAUUUCUUUGUACAGAACCACAUGACAAGAAGGAAGACCUGGAGCCCCAGGAACAGCUUCCGCCACCACCCCUGACGCCACCCGUUUCCCAGGUCGAUGCUGCUAUUGGAUUACUAAUGCCCCCUCUUCAGACCCCCGAUAAUCUCUCCGUUUUCUGUGACCACAACUAUACUGUGGAAGACACAAUGCACCAGAGGAAAAGGAUCCAUCAGCUGGAACAGCAGGUCGAGAAACUCAGAAAGAAGCUCAAGACUGCGCAGCAGCGGUGCCGGAGACAAGAGCGGCAGCUGGAGAAGUUAAAGGAGGUUGCCCACUUCCAGAAGGAGAAAGACGUACCCGAGCAAGGUUACGUGAUCCUCCCGCCUGACUACUUUGAAAUCGUUGAAAUGCAGUGAGAAAAUGAAAUGCGUGUUGGUUUUCCAUGGGACAAUACCACGUAGCCUCUUGUAGCCUAUAAAGGAGUGCCAUUGGAAGAAGUCAAUACCUGACUACUUGUAUAAAAACAACUCAGAAUAUUUUUUUAAAAGAAUAAAUUACAGACCUCCUGUAAAAUUGUAACCUUUUGUUUCUAAUUUCAGGGUUUUUACAUUUUCACAAAAUAUUUUAGAAGUUAGAAACUAACCUCCAAGCUUCAUUGUAAAUUUUUUUUCAGAUUGGGAAUUUUGCCUUAUAUAUUUGAGAAUGUAUAGAAAUAAUGUAAAAAUGUAAGAGCGUACCAGCAGUUCAGGAAGCACUAUAAGGUACAGUAGAGAUGAUUUAAGUUUAAAAUUGAAAGUAAAUGUAAUGUAUUGAGAGAACUCAGUUAUUUUAAAUCAGAAGUCUGCGUCAGAUCAAGAGACAUUACUUCUCAGUAUGUAUGUGUGUGUGUAUAUAUACACACACACACAAAUAUAUACACACACACACACACACACACACACACAUCGUCACACACUCUUAUUUUUUAAAUCAAGUUUGUGUGUCUUUGAGUCACUUCACAAGACUAUAUUAGCAGGUCAACACUUAGGGGAAAACAAGAUAAGGUUUUUAGAGAAGAAAUUGAAGUGUCUAUGUCUGAUCCAUAUGGUUAAAUCAAAUUAUAAAGUAUCCCCCCCCCACCCACAGUUUCACAUUAUAAAAUUAGUAAUGAUCUCCAGAGGAAGAAGUAUUCUUCAAUAAACAAAUGUCACUAAUUUGGGCACUAAUUUCAGGGAAGUAAGGAAACUGGGCGGCUGGCCCACAGCUGGCUUUUUUCUGUUAUUGCCGCUGAGUCAAAGGGCAGCCAGUUCCCCGCUGCAGUCAGCCCUGCAUUCGGACCUCUGGACAAGUGUGUUGUGUUUGUUGCAGUUGAUUUGUAUCAUCGUGUGGCAUUCUUUGAGGGAUUUGAUGAAAUGAUUUUAGUCAGGGCUUUCAUUAAAAAGUGAUUUCACUUUUGACACAAGCUAGAAAUAUCACAUUUAUUUGAAUGAGUGAUUUCUGUUCAAAAGUAACCUCAUAGGUACUGUUUAUUUUACUGAAUGUAAAGAUUUAAACUCUGAGGUUUCUGUUCGGGCUGUGAGAUGUGUUCUGACUUUGUGAGAUGCUUAACCUAUAUUUGAGAUGGAACUAUGUUCCAAGUAAAUGAAUGUCGCCAGAGGAAUUACCUAUUGAGAUUUAGACUGUUUCCAUGGUAACUAUCACUUUUAUACUUCCAACUACAUUGAAAGAGAUCACUAGACCUCCCGAGACAGUAUUAAAGAUGUGAAACAAUGAUGUUCAGCAAAAGUGUCUUUUGUAACCCUGGUUUUCAGAAUAAUUCACUGCUCUGCUGCCCGUGGAGAACAAUGAUUCACAGAGAUUUGAUUGUUUUAUGAGCCAGUAUUUAAAAAGCAGAAAAUAGUGAUUAGAUUACUUGGAAUUAUGUAACUCCAGAUACCACUAUUUCGAAUUAAUUUUAAUGACCCUUUUAUACUUUGUUGAUUUUCAUAACUUGUUUGAAGCCACGAAGCCUCCAAAGAGUUCGUUUUCACCUUUCAAUCCUCGAGCAAUUUUUGCAGGAUGGUUGGGUGUUUUCCCAAGAAUGCAGGUCGAAUCAGAAUGAUCUUAUCACCCUUGGGGAAAUGAACGGGCUCCUGAGCCAGUAGUGGUCCCAGUGCUUGCAGUGCAGCCCCUGCUGAGGGGGAGACUCCUGAAAGAAGCUGGGCAAGAGGCACUUCAGUGCUACUGACUCUUCUCAGUUUGAUGUUCAUUUGUUAGCAUCUGAGAUGUGCUUGACACCAUGAGCUUUCUCUCUUACGUAUUUAAGGAGAUCUGCUUGCCGAAUUACUCCUGUAUCGUUGCUGAUAAUAAGGAAACAGAAAUAAAACAUCGUUGGAAAUCCUUUAAAAAUUAAAAAUAUAUAUCUAUUCAUAUAUGUCCUAUAUAAAAGUUAAAUGAGUUCUCUUUUUCACAUUCUCUUUUUCCUCCCAGAAACCAAGAAUCCAGCUGAGACUGUAAAAGUGGUGAUCGUAAUGAUUUAGAAUCCUAGCAUUAUGACUUAACCUGAAGCUAUUCUCAUUGCAGACAUAAACCCCUAUUUGGAGAGAACUGAGCAAACAGCAUGUGUACCAACUGCUUGCAAUGAAAUUAUUCAUCCUAGUAGUUUAAUGCAGGGCGUUUAAAGUACAGGUGCUUAUUUAUGAAUUGCGCAAUGCAACAUUCAUUGAACAUCAAAUUUUUCACUUUGGUGUAUUGGUUCACACAUUGCCAAUAGAAAAGGAAGAAGAUUUAUGCUUAAAGUGAACGUAUUCAAGCAUAGUGAAACACCGCAAUAGACAAAGACAAGGUCUCAAUCUAGAACAAAUGAUGUGAAAACGUCACAGCAUAUUCGGAAAGAGAUUUUCUUGACGCUCACAUGCUGAAAUUUACACCUGUGACUGCCAGAAUCUGGUAUGAUGGUAAAAAGAAUGAAUUAUUUAAUAUUAGAACUGCUGGCACAACUGUACGUAGAAACAGAAUUUUAGAGUUAGAAGAUUAUAGAAAUCUAACUUCCCCCAAAAUCAUUGCCAUCAAUUUGAUUCCUACUCAAAAUCAGUGGGUAUAGGGUUUCAGAGGCUAGAAAUCUGUGUGGGAACAGGUAGUCUCAUCUUUAUCCCACAGAGCGACCAGUAGGUUUGAACUGCAGGCCUUGUGGUUAGCAGUCCAGUGCUUAGCAGCCCAGUGCUUACCUGACAUUGCCACAUAGAGGCUCUUUUCCUAACCUCCCAAUCCUAUGGAAGUCUCUCAUAAUAUCCUUGACAAGUGGUGUUCAAUCUGUUUGUAGCAUUUGUAUGUUUACGCAGUUAUUGUACAUUUCUGGAUCAGAAUAAAACCAGUUGCCACUCUUUUUAUACCUCUUCUUUAUAGUACAAUAUUCACUUUAAACUGUUUCUUAGUUUGAGCUAUCAUAUUCUAAAUUAGUUUUACAAUUUAAUAAAAUAAUGUUUACUAAU